AGAACGUCCACACCAGCUCCGGUAAAGCUGGAGGAGGCGAAGCCGUCUGUGGUUAAGAUGGACGCUUUGAGCGAUGAUGAGGAUGGUGAUGGUACUGGAGCUCAAGGAGACAUUCAGCCUGUGGGACACGAUUAUGUCGAAGAGGUUCGAAAUGAUGACGGAAAGGUGAUUCGUUUUCACUGUAAACUGUGUGAAUGCAGUUUCAAUGAUCCCAAUGCUAAAGACAUGCACCUGAAGGGACGGAGACACCGGCUGCAGUACAAGAAAAAAGUGAACCCAGACCUCCCAGUGGAGAUCAAGCCCAGUAAUCGAGCGCGGAAACUUCUGGAAGUCAAACUGCGAAAGCAGAAACAGAAAUCUGUGCUGAAGAGACAACAAGAAGACGAGCAGCACUGGCACCUGGAAAUGAGGAGGUAUGAGGAAGACAUGUACUGGAGGAGGAUGGAGGAUGAGCAGCUAUACUGGGUGGAGAUGAGGCACAGAAUGGCCCCGCCCCCUCUCAUGGGCCGGCCCAGCAUCCCGGUGCCGCCCCUAUUGCCAGUGCGACGGCCCGAUUCGCCAGACGACCGCCACAUCAUGGCCAAGCACUCGGCCAUCUACCCCGUGGAGGAGGAGCUUCAGGCCGUCCAGCGAAUCGUGUCGCAUUCUGAGCGAGCUCUCAAACUGGUGUCUGAUUCGCUGCUGGAGAAGGAGGCGUGUGCUGCGGACGACGACAACAACGACGUGACGGACAAACUGUCGGAGUCUCAGGCUCGUGUUCUCAAAGGAGUCAUGCGUGUGGGAAUCCUGGCUAAAGGUCUCCUCCUGCGCGGCGACCGCAACGUCCAACUCAUCCUGUUGGCGGCCAAGAAACCCACCACCUCUCUGUUGAGAACUGUUGCGGAGCAACUGCCCAAACAACUAGUGACCUUUUCUGAAGAUCAGUAUGAGGUGCAGGUACACCCUGAGGAAGCCAACAUCGUCAUUUUUUCAAGCAAGGAACCAAAAAUGCAGGUCACCAUCACUCUUACCUCGCCAGUGAUGCGCGAAGACCCCGUCCCCAACAUGGAGAAAGCGUCAGAGAAAGACCCUCCGGAUGUUCUCAGCAGGACCAAGUGCCUUGAGUAUUUAGCAUCUCUGCGACAUGCUAAAUGGUUUCAGGCUCGGGCGAACGGUCUUCAGACUUGCGUCAUCAUUAUUCGGGUUCUGCGGGAUCUGUGUCAGCGCGUACCUACCUGGGGCAAGAUGCCCGACUGGGCCAUGGAGCUGCUUGUUGAAAAAGCCAUUAGCAGUGCAUCCGGUCCACUCAGUCCCGGAGAAGCUCUGCGGAGGGUCCUCGAAUGCAUCGCCACCGGGAUUCUCCUGCCAGAUGGUCCAGGUCUUCUCGACCCGUGUGAGAAAGGUCAAACAGAUGCUCUGGGAAGCAUGUCGAAACAAGCUCGGGAGGACGUGACCGCUAGUGCCCAGCAUGCGCUGCGACUCCUGGCUUUCCGUCAGAUCCAUAAAGUCCUCGGCAUGGGCUCACUGCCGGUCUCAAAGGCCGGAGCUCGAAACCGCAAGAGACGACGCGACGGCAGCGACGCCGGCGAGGGAGAAGCCGACGGAAAGAAGGAUAAAAAAGACGAUUCUCACAUCCCUUGAAACGUCUGCGUAAUCUUCGCAAGCUGUUAUGUCUUUGCAAAUGUAUAAAUAUCACUCGAAGAGGAAAAAAUACAACAUCCGAUGGUUCCGUUUUUCAAAAGAACAAGAGAUGGAAAAAACGUAGUCGUUCCCCUUUUAUGAUGCAAUAUGUUUUCUAAUACAUCUGAGCUGAAAAUAGGCCCGAAAUGCAGCAGCCGCAUCCCUUUUUCAGAGCAUCAGAUGAUGAGUGAAUGUUGCUAACGAUCAGCGACCAAAAUAAUAUAUAAAGUUACAGAACGUCACAUUAGCUCUAUUAGGCACUUUGACAUAUUAAUGGCACUUAAUUAAAAGCUUUGAUUAUCCAGACACAGGCCAGUCUUUUUUGUUU